GACCUUCAUUUCCCGGGGACACCCGUUCCGGUCCGAUCCCAACACCCACCGCCACCGGUGGCAGAUCUGGAUCGGAGCCCGCUCCGGCGACCCCGAGCCCGAUCCCCCCGACGCCGGGAUGGAGGCCAUCCCAGCCGCGGCGGCACCCCACGACGGGCAGAAGCAGAGGUUCGACCUCGGGGUCUUCGUCGGCGACCUCCCCCUCGACGACGACGACGCGGCCAGUGACAAUGAGUCGCUGGAGGGGCUGCAGCAGGAGCUCGAGGACUGCAAGAACGACCAGGAAGUGGCAAACAUCCUGGCUAAUGGCAUCAAGAUGCGCGAUUACACAAAAGGUGUCGAGAACAGCAUACGCCAAGUCGAGCUGGAUUCUAUACAGGAUUACAUUACAGAAAGCGAAAACCUUGUGUUGCUGCAUGAUCAGAUCUCUGAUUGCGAUAAUAUUCUGUCACAAAUGGAAACUGUUCUAACUGGAUUCCAGACAGAAAUUGGUUCUAUAAGCUCAGAGAUAAAGGUACUUCAGGAGAAAUCUAUGGACAUGGGAUUAAAGUUGAGAAACCGUAAGGCUGCAGAAUCGCAACUGUCAAAAUUUGUUGAGGAUAUAAUAGUGCCGCCAAGAAUGAUUGAUAUAAUUGUUGAUGGAGAGGUUAAUGAUGAAUACAUGAAAACACUUGAGAUUCUAAGCAAAAAAAUCAAAUUCAUUGAAGCUGAUUCGAUGGUUAAAACAUCAAAGGCUCUCAAAGAUGUUCAGCCUGAGGUUGAGAGACUUCGGCAGAAAGCAGUAUCGAAGAUUUUUGAGUUUAUCAUCCAAAAGUUCUAUGCCUUGAGAAAACCAAAAACAAACAUUCAGAUUCUACAACAGAGUGUCCUUAAAUACAAAUACACAAUAGUUUUCCUUAAGGAACAUGCUAAGGAGAUAUAUGCAGAAGUUCGCACGGCUUACAUUGAUACCAUGAAUAAGGUUCUGAGUGCACAUUUUCGUGCAUACAUACAAGCUUUGGAGAAAUUACAGCUGGAUAUAGCAACCUCCACCGACUUACUUGGAGUUGAAACUAGAAGUACAGGCUACCUUUUCUCCAUUGGAAAAGAACCUCUGAAAGCCCGUUCUUCGGUGUUUGCUCUUGGUGAAAGAAUAAACGUCUUAAAGGAUAUUGAUCAGCCUGCGUUGAUACCUCAUAUAUCUGAAGCUAAGUCACAGAAGUAUCCAUAUGAAGUUCUUUUCAGAAGCUUACAAAAACUUCUGAUUGAUACAGCUACUUCUGAGUACCUUUUCUCUGAUGAUUUCUUUGGUGAAGAAUCUUUAUUCCAAGAUAUAUUUGCUGGACCAAUUCAAGUUGUCGAUGAAUAUUUCAAUGCUGUACUUCUGAACUGCUAUGAUGCAAUAGGAAUAAUGCUUAUGAUUCGGAUAAUUCAUCAGCACCAGCUUAUCAUGUUUAAGCGGCGAAUUCCAUGUUUGGACUCUUACCUAGACAAGGUUAACAUGUCACUCUGGCCUCGCUUCAAGAUGGUCUUUGACUUGCAUUUGAGCAGCUUGCGGAAUGCUAAUAUUAAGACUCUUUGGGAGGAUGAUGUGCAUCCUCACUAUGUCACAAGAAGAUAUGCUGAAUUUACAGCGUCUCUUGUUCAUCUCAAUGUUGAAUAUGGGGACGGUCAGCUUGAUCUAAAUCUUGAGCGAUUACGGAUGGCUAUUGAAGACUUGCUUGUUAAGUUGGCCAAGAUGUUCCCUAAACCAAAGAUGCAAACUGUUUUCCUGAUAAACAACUAUGAUUUAACAAUUGCCGUAUUGAAGGAAGCUGGCACCGAGGGUGGAAAAACACAACUUCACUUCGAGGAGGUUCUUAAGAGCAACAUUGCAAUAUAUGUGGAGGAAGUGCUUAUGGAGCAUUUCAGUGACUUGAUCAAGUUUGUCAAAACGCGCACAUCGGAAGACUCUGCCUCGAGUUCAGACAAGGCCAGCAUCGGCGACGUGGAGCCGCUGGUGAAGGAUUUCGCGAGCCGAUGGAAGGCCGCGAUCGAGCUGAUGCACAAGGACGUCAUCACAUCCUUCAGCAACUUCCUGUGUGGGAUGGAGAUCCUGAAAGCGGCUCUCACGCAGCUGCUCCUGUACUACACGAGGCUGACCGAGUGCGUCAAGAGGGUCAACGGCGGCUCGGCCCUCAACAAGGACCUGGUAUCCAUAUCCUCCAUCCUGUAUGAGAUCAAGAAAUACUCUAGGACUUUUUAGUAGUCACUGCUUCAUCCCUGGCCCUGCCAUGCCGUGUACACACACUGUAAUGGAGACUCUGAUCCAUGCCAUGCUACUUGAAGAAAGAACAUCUCGUCGGGUUUCACCCCUUUGUAAGUACAGAGCCAUGUGUUCUUCCGCUGUUAUAGGUGUACUGCCAAGUGUUUGUUUACAACGGCGGUAUCAUGUAUCAAGGUUACUCGAUUGUAAUGUGAUUUUGCAACAAGGGUGUAUGCUAGUUAUCCUGAGAUUUCUAUGGGCCCCAUGGCCCGGCUUAA